AGCCAAGUUCUAUUUCAAAUCGUAUAGACUAUGUUUAAAGCGUGUUCUUUUUGGUUAUGUUUAAUAUCAUACAUGUGGAUUAUUACAUAUUUUUCUAUAUAGAUAACUACAAUGGUAGGAGAAAUGGAAUUACAAAAACCACAAAAGGAUCUUAAAGUUACCGCUUCUGUUUUAGAUUCUUUUGACUUACUUAAAGCAACAAAAGAUGAAGAAAAGCUGAAUGGUGGUGUAAAAAUUAUAUCACAGCUUCAAAAUAGUGAGAAUGAAAAAGAUAUUCAGUAUGUAAUGAAGCGUUUGGUAAGAAGUUUGGGAGCAAAUGUAGCCGAAAUGAGGAUUGGUCAUUUUGCAACUUUAGCAGUAAUCCUUAACCAAUUCAAUAAUAUAACAAUAUCACAGCUACUUGAUCUUGUAAAGAAGGAACUUCAUGCUAAUAGUUCAUCUAAAAGUGAAGUUGGCAAUGUAGCUCUUGGACAAAUCCUAUUAUGUGGAACAGUAUUCCGCUCUGGUCUGAUGCUCAAAUCUUCUGAUGAAGAACAGAAAGAAGUGUUACAGUUACUCUUGGGUGCCAGCAAGAAGAAAUCCUAUCUUAGCACUGUAGCUUAUUUUAUCCUCCUUGAUUUUGUGAAUGGGUUAAAUGAAGAGCAGUUCUCAUUAAUUACUUGGACUAACAUCAAGCAAGAAUUUAAAAAAGGUCUGCAGGAACAUAGCCUUGACUCACUGUAUUUCUUAAUGGUAGUAAAUAAUAGGUUUCCAAAUAAAGUAAAAAUGAAGAAACUGCUUGGAGUGUCAGAACUUCUCUGUGAAGAGAACAUUCAUGUUAUAUGUGAGAAGCUCAUGUCUGGACUUGACUUCAACUCAGUAAGUCAUCCGAUUUAUAAGGAAAUCGGUUUGCACAUUGCAAAGUCGCCACAUCUUCAAGUUUUCUGGUCCUCAGGCAUAGACAGUCAGUUGGUGAAGCAUAAUCGGAACAGGGAAUUAGCUGCACUCAAUAUACUAGUUACCAUUCUUGACAAUAUAGAUGACAAUGUCGAUGCAAUACCAGAACUAAUCAGUAAAAACUUUUUCAAAUUAUUUAUGGAUUGGUUCAAAGGUCUGCAAACAGCAAGUAAAAUAAGAAGCAAGAGAGAUGAUGAAGAUGAUCACAAAAUUAUGAUAAAAAAGCAGAAAGAACUACUGAACACUCUAGCCAAAUCAUUAAAAUCUGAUAAAGUUACAAAUAAUAUAAGGCUUGAAACUUUAAAGAAAUUGCUAUUCAGUCCUGGAGAGAUUAAUUUCACAGAAAUAACUGGAACAACUGUGGUAAAAUCAAUAAUAGCAGAUUUAGACAAGGACAGUGUAAAGAAAAUGGCAAAAAUGUUAAAAGGAGUGUUAUUAAAUACAUCAAAGAAAUUUGUGAAAGAAGAUAUUGAGAGAAACUGGUAUAACUAUGAGAGAGUAAAAGCAGCAGAAUUGUUAUCCUUCUUGGUUACUCAGGAAGCGGUAAAAGAAGACACAGAAUUUAAAUUGACAUACAUGAAACUUCUAAUGUGUUUCGGAUUUUUCAGAAUUGGAGGUGAUGAAAAUGUGGCAGUUGGAACUGAAUUAUCAGGAUCCAUUAAAACAUGCUUUUACCGAUGUUUCACAUCGCGCUUUUCAAAUGUUGAUACUUUGGUCGUCGUUUUAUCAGCUCUCUCAAAUUUCGUAUGCAGUAUUUUGAAGAAAGAGCAAAUCCGUACUAAACUUGAGAAACAGUUUCCAUCAGAGAGUAUGGAGUGCUGGGAAAUGCUUAUAGGGGUAUGUCAAAGUAUUGAACAAAAUGGUUCCAGCUUAAAAGUUGAUAAAGUGUUUCUUAUUUUGUUUUACCAACUUGGUUUAUUCCUAUUUUCUGAACCAACCCAUGUUAAAGUGGCCAGAAGUUCCAUAAAAGAACUGAAAAGCUGUUAUGAGCAUUACAGAAAAGGUAAAAAAAAGAAACCUAAAACUUUAAAAGAAGGAGAUCUGUCAGAUGAACCAGAAUGGAUAGAAGUCUUGGUAGAAGUAUUGCUUUCUAUCUUGUCAGUUGAUUCUAGUGUCUUAAGGUCUGUAGUACAAUGUGUAUUUAGACUUCUAUGGGAGUUUUUAACUCCUUCAGCAAUUGGCCAAAUAGUUUCUGUAUUAGACCCAGAAAGUGAGACUGAUCUAUUAACACAAGAUAGUGAUUCUGAAGAUAAUGAAUCAGAUAAUGAUUCAAAUGAAGAUCAAAAUGAUAACAGUGAUGAUAACCCUAAAGAGAACGGCAAAGAAAGUGAUGAGAGUGAUUUAGAAGAAGAAGAAGAAGAAGAGGAAAUGAAAACUCCUGAGCAAUUGAGAUUGGCUGUACAAAAAGCAUUAGGCACUGUUGCAGCAGAAAGUGAUGCAGAAAGUAUAGAUGCCGAUAUGAUUAAUGAGGAAGAUGGCAGGAAACUUGAUGAAGCACUCGCAGAAGCUUUUAGACAAUUUCAACAUGGUAAAGGUAGAAAAACUAAAAAAGAUCGAAAAGAUAAGAAGGCACUUUCUGACUUCCGGAUUAGAGUUCUUGAUCUUAUAGAUAUUUACUUGGAAAAAGAUCCAGCAAUGGAUAUCUGUCUAGGUAUGAUCGGUCCAUUAAUGCGAUGUCUAGAAUUUUGUAUACAAGAUAAUCAAUUUAGUGAACUUGAAAACAGGGUAAGAAAAACUAUAAGAAUACUAACAAAAAUUAAAAAAUUCGCAUCAACAGAUGAUGUUACACUUGAUGUUCUAUGUGAUUAUCUUAAAAGUACAAUUGACAAAGGUGAUAGAUCUCAUUUUCUAUUCCAAGCUGUUGGUGAUGUUAUUACCUAUUUCUCAACAUUCAUAAUUCAUUGCUCCCAGAAGAUUAACUUUGAAAAAUCAAAAUUAAUGAAAAAAACAAAGGGUUCUACUUCACCUCUUAUAGAAAUACUUACAGAAGCUCUUCAAAAUUAUUUCCAGAAUAGAAACUGUUUAUUACCUAUAAUUUUCUUUCACAAUAUUCUUCAGUCAGAGUGGGAUGGUAAUUAUGAACUUGUCAGCACAAUAAUAGACAAUGUCUUUAACUGUAAUGUGAGGCAAUUUCGUCGGAACGAAGGAUUAGAGCUAAUUGCAGGCUUUUAUCGCACUUUAAAAAGAAAUAAACCAGCAUCAGAUAAUACGUUAAGUAUGCUGACUAUCUUGGAGACAAAAUUUGAGAACAGAUUAAAAACCACUCUGCAGGAAGAAACAGAAUUCCAAGUUAAGGGUAAUUUCUUUGUAAUAUUAAGAAAGUUAAUAAAUACAAUGAAAAUGUUCCAUGAAAGUUGUCAUAUUAAAUCCACUAUAGAUUUAAAAUCAUUGUUAGAUAUUGUAACGUUAUGUAAAGCAUCUAUUAAAAAUGUAGACAAAAUGCAAGUACAAGAAUCACAAGUUGAACAAAAGAAAGAUGUUCAUAAGACAAAGAAAAAUAAGAAGAAACGCAAACCUGGACAAAUUAAUGGUUACAAUGAACCUCAGAUUAAAAAAAUAAGAAAAAGUUAGCUAGACUGUAUUUUGCCUAAACAUAAACUUUAUUCAUAUAAAUAGUAUCAUUGUUUUGAUUUUUAAUUCCUUUGUUAAUUAAAUUUAUGCUAAGAAAAAGUAAAAAAUAUAUACUUCUUACCUAAAA